AUGCCAAAGACAACGUUCUACUAUUUCAACGCCAAGGCUCUGGGCGAGCCCGCUCGUCUACUGCUAGCGUACGGCAACGAACAGUUCGAAGACCGACGCGUCACCAUGGAGGAGUGGCCAGCUGUUAAACAGUCGAUGCCUUUCGGUCAGAUGCCAGUACUGGAGAUUGAUGGCAAGAAGUAUGGGCAAAGCAUGGCGAUAGCUCGCUACCUGGGACAUAAGCACGGCCUCGCUGGAGACUCCCUCGAGGAAGCCCUUGAGAUCGACCAGAAUGCUGACUUGUUGACUGAUCUUCGCAAUGAGGCAAUAUCGGCUCACUAUGAAUCUGAUGAGGAGUUGAAGGCUAAGAAACACAAGGAAAACCUUAAGAAAGUAUAUCCAGAAAGCCUAAAGAAAUUGGAUGAAAUUAUUAAGAAAAACAACGGUCAUCUGGCAGCAGGGAAACUAACCUGGGCAGACUUCGUGUUUGCGUGUUCAUUCGACUACCUGAAGACGAUGCUGCAGAUGCCCGACCUGGAGCAACAGUAUCCCAGCUUCAAACAGCUCAUCGACUCAGUGUACGCCUCACCCAGCGUGAAAGUCUACAGCGAAAAAUCGCCAAAGUCUGAAUUUGGAUAUUAA